GAGCGUAAGCGCGUGGUGAAUGUGCACACCACAGUGUAUAUAAAUACGUGAUUCCGUACUCCUUGCCGUACUCCGUAGUUCGUGGAAGGCAGGGGUCGGGUUUGUGGUACAAGAAAACUUGUCCCAGCUCGUAGAUUGUGCCAGAACAAGCCAUGGACUCAGGUGGCGGGGAUCAGCAGCAGUUGGUGGCUGAGGGCGUUCCCUCUGUGGCUGCGGCAGCUGUACUUGUCUCCAGCACUCCCCUGCCAGAAGACACACCUGUGGUCAAAGGUUAUGAUUUCAACGAGGGCAUUGACUAUCACAAGCUCUUUGAAACAUACAAGAACAGUGGAUUCCAAGCAACGAAUUUCGGUUUGGCUGUUGAGGAAAUCAAUAAGAUGCUGGCGGCCCGCGACCAGCCGCUGGCCGAGGAGGACGCGCUCAGCGAGGACGAGUUCACCCGACGCCGCUCAGCCUGCACCGUGUUCCUCGGAUACACGUCUAACAUGGCGUCGGCGGGCGUGCGCGACACGAUCCGCUUCCUGGUGCAGCACCGCAUGGUGGACUGUGUGGUGACCACGGCCGGCGGUGUGGAGGAGGACCUCAUCAAAUGUCUGGCGCCGACAUACGUGGGCUCGUUCGAACUGGACGGCGCGUCACUGCGUAAACGAGGCAUUAACCGCAUCGGGAAUCUGCUGGUGCCGAACGACAACUACUGCAAAUUCGAGGACUGGGUGAUGCCCAUUCUGGACAAGAUGGUCGUUGAGCAGGCUGAGCAGGGCACGCUGUGGUCGCCGUCCCGGAUCACGGCCCGUCUCGGAGAGGAGAUCGCCGACCCCAGUUCGGUGCUCUACUGGGCCGCCCGCAACCGAAUCCCCGUGUUCAGUCCGGCGCUGACCGACGGCAGCCUCGGCGACAUGAUGUUCUUCCACUCGUACAAGCGGCCCGGACUAGUGGUGGACAUCCUCUCCGACCUGCGUCGGCUGAACUCGAUGGCGAUAAAGGCGCAGAGCACGGGCAUGGUGAUCAUCGGCGGCGGACUGGUCAAACAUCACAUCUGCAACGCCAACCUCAUGCGGAACGGCGCCGACUACUCGGUGUUUCUGAACACGGCCGCCGAGUUUGACGGCAGCGACUCGGGCGCGCGGCCCGACGAGGCCGUCUCCUGGGGAAAGAUUCGACCGGCCGCCAAAGCCGUCAAGAUCUGUGCCGAGGCGUCGCUGGUGUUUCCGCUGCUGGUUGGCGAGACGUUUGCGAGGCACCACUUCAGCCGAACGGGAGAGCGGCGGGAGGGUGCGGCGGCAGCAAACGGGCCGGCGCCCUAACCACAGACGGGUCGGCGCCCUAACCACAGACGGGCCGGCGUCUAACCACAGACGGAGGGCGCCCUGACCACAGACGGGAGGGUGCGGCGGCAGCAAACGGGCCGGCUCCCUAACUCCCGCCCAAGGCCCGGUACUUUAGUGACUGGCACUGCCGACGGUACAGUACCGAAGGUCCGGUGCUGUAGGGUUGAUCGGGUAAUGCCGAAGGUCCGAUGCUAUUCAUCGUUCAAUGCUGACUUUUUGUUGUGUAGUGUUGAUCCGGUGCCGCUGGAGGGUUCACUGCUGCCAACGGUCUGGAACUGCAGCAUCGGUACGGUCAGCUAUGGGUCCCAUUAACACGGCUGUGCAGUAUGCGGGCAUGGUAUCCAUCACCAUUGCAGGUGCCCCUACGACUCUUCACCCGGCUAUUUGCCGUUAAUGUCACUGAAAUGGGAAGUGGGUACGUCGGCGUUUUAUUGCAGCUGUGCGGUGGGAAAUAUGUGAUCGUUAUGCUGGUCAAUGCACUGACAAUGUUAACGGUCGCAUUCAGUGAGCGUUCCACUCGCACUGUUACGCUGCCGCUGUGCACUGUGAUGAGACCAGUGUGCAUGACGUAGAACAGGGAACCUUGCGACCAGUGUUUUAAUUCCGCGGCGAGAAAACGGGUACCCAGGCCAUGCCACUUCGUUUGUAUGAUCCUCGCUCGGUUGUCUGUUGCUGUGCUGCCCAGCACUGUUGCGCUUGCAUGUAACUUUGUUUGUGCCUUUACGGUUGUAUCUAACGACGGAGCUGCUAGUGUGACUGCCAGCCUGUGGGUUAAGCCGGGAACUGUGGGUGAGGCCCGUGCGGGAGUCUUCCUAUUGAUCCCUGUGCGGGUCCGCCCGCGGUGACCUGUCCGGCGGCCCAGGCCUGUGACCGGAGGUCGCACCGGCCGGCCGUGCGCCCUUGAUUCCGUUUCGCCAGACAUGUUCACCGCGUGCACGUUCGUGUGGCGUGACGAGCCGUGUGAUCGUGACGGCGUCACGUCCGUCACACGUGGGACUGGGGGGAGUGCGUGUGAUGGGUCAGGUGGCGCGGUCUGUCGACUGCAGCUGACACCGUCCCUUGGUCAGAUAGCGGGGGGGAAUAAGUCGGUGAUACAGGGGAAUUGGUACCGAUUGCUGACCCUUCCCGGGCCAGAUGAUGGUUUGUGUGUGUGUGUGGGGGGGGGGGAGGGAUGACCAGUCAGGUGGCACAGGGGCCGACUGCUGACCCCGCCCCAGAUCAGAUAGCGGGGGGGGGGGUAUAAGUCACUGGUACAGGGGGUCUGCUGACUGCUGACCCCGCCCUAGGUCAGAUAGCGGGGGGUAUAAGUUAGUGGUACAGGGGGUCUGCUGACUGCUGACCCCGCCCCAGGUCAGCGCGCGACGCGCCGCUUUCUCGUCCCCGUAGACACUGUGAUGGGCGCGGACUGCUCAUGUGAGAGCUCAUUUGGCGCGGGUUGUAAGUCAGGUGUUUUGGACAGAUUUUGUUGACUGUUUAUAUUGUGAUGAUUUUGUUGAGGAAUGACGUGUUAUUCGAUAUUUGAAAUAAAUUGUGAAAGUCC